AUUUCGCUUGUGUGUGUCAGACUGUGUGUGUGUGUCAGAGUGUGUGUUAGCGUGUGUGUGAGUCGCCAUCAUGGUGGUCAGGUGGGGAAUCUGCAGCGCUGGGAAGAUCAGCCACGACUUCACAGUGGCGUUGAAGACUCUUCCUCCUGAAGAUCACCAGGUGGUUGCUGUUGCAGCACGUAACGCAAAGCGAGCAGAAGAGUUUGCCCAGAAACACUGCAUCCCUAAAGUAUACAGCAGCUAUGAGGAACUGGCCAAAGAUCCCGAGAUAGAUGUGGUAUACGUGGGCACCAUCCAUCCCCAUCAUCACUCAGCAGGCCUCAUCUUCCUCAAUGCUAAGAAGAACGUUCUGUGUGAGAAACCUCUAGCCAUGAAUCUGAGAGAGGUGAAGGAGCUGGUGGCCACAGCGAAGACGAAUAACGUCUUCUUGAUGGAAGGUGUGUGGACGCGCUUCUUUCCUGUCUCUUUGGAGAUCUCCAGGUUGCUGGUGCAGGAAGCGGUAGGAGAGGUGAAGCUGGUGAGAGUGGACUUCGGGGCAUCCCUGAAGAACAUCCCUCGCUCUGUGGAGAAGGAGCUGGGAGGAGGUGCGAUGCUUGAUAUCGGAAUCUACUGCCUGCAGUUUGUACUCAUGGUGUACGAUGGUGAGAAACCUGAGAGCGUCCACGCUACCGGAGUCUGCCUGGACACAGGAGUGGACGAGAGCAUGGUGGUCACACUGAAGUUCUCUCGAGGAAGAUUAGCAGUGUGCACGUACACAAUAGCCAUGAACCUUCCAAACGAAGCCGUUAUCCUCGGGACUAAAGGAACUAUCAGGGUCCCUGCUCCUAUGUGGUCUCCCACAUCACUGAUUGUAAAUGAGAAAGAGACUCACUACCCAGUACCUGAACCGUACCUGCCUCUCAACUUCAUAAACAGCACUGGUAUGAGAUACGAGGCUGAGGAAGUGAGACAGUGUCUCCUCAAAGGACUGAAGGAGAGUUCCCGGAUGUCACACUCGGACUCGACUUUGCUGGCUGAGAUAAUGGAUGAAUGCAGGAGGCAAGUCGGAGUGGUGUACAGCCAAGACCACCAGUAAGCUUCAAACUCUUAGCAUUCUGGUGGUGUCCCCAGUAGGGAUUUUAUAUAAAUUGAUUCCUUACUUAAAAACACUUGGGAUGUUGUUCUAGGAAAAUAAGCCAUGGGGUGGUCUGAUGGAGCCCGACACAGAGCUAUGAUUUUCACAACUAUAUGUAGUUUAAAAUGUCAGGAUGUGAAGGUUUUUUCCAGGCUGCCACACAUAAUACAGUAUACAGUCCAGUGUCACAUGCUGUAUUUCAAUACUAGACUGUAAAUGUGUUUAAAUAUUAAGUAUAUAAAUAAAGUGUGAUAAGAACAGA